CAACUUUAUUCAUUCUGUUUAGGACAGUGCAGUCGUGUAGUGCGAAGGUUAAAGUAAUCCGACAGGUGUUCUUCCUCGCAAUUCAAUCGGUCAACAUCGGGCUACAACGAUUAUUUUAUUAGCAACGCUAAAGUCGGAAAUAAAAUAAAUUUUAUUGAAAGUAUUUAUAAUAGCUAACAAAAAUUGUUUGUAUUACGAUAAAAGUUGAAUAUAAUCAGAGAAGUUGAGAAAUACAUCUGGCAUUAAUAUACGCGAAACCAGAAAACAAAUACUCAAGAUUGCGAAGCAAUCUCUAAUCGGCUUUGAAAUUUCUUAAAAGUACUUAUUCACAUUUUUAACAUUGGCGACAAAUAUGUCUCAGUCAAAAGUCUGCUGCAAGGGAUUCUUCUAUUUGGCGACAUUUUUAGUGUUAACACAUUAUUUAAUCGAGCCAGUGAUUGGAGUUAUUAGUGACAAAGAAGAACAAUUUAUCAAUGGCGCGGUAUACAAGAAUGAUUUUGAACCACUCACAUUACCCAAACGACCCUCUUUCUUUGUUGGCAGCCGUUAUGGACGAUCCAGUGGCGGUGCUGCGUUAAGCUCUUCGAAGACGCGUCGUCUAAGUGUGGUACCUCGUAACGAUCGUUUCUUUUUGGGUUCACGAUAUGGGAAGCGAUCCGAAGAAAAUUCUGCUGCAGAAAUCUAUUCACCAUAUGAGCAAGAAAACCAUUUUGUUAACAAUGAGGCUAUCAACGCUAUGAAUGGUUUAGCAUUACAACAUACUAGUAUUAAUAAAUUGCCGUACGGCGAAAAUAAUAAUAUGCUAGAAAAGCAACAUCACCAACCAGACCAAAUACAAACAUCUUUACUGAUGUCUUGUGUAUAUACUGGCUUGAGGAACUUCUUUCGCUGCCGCAACAUGUAAGCAUCACAAUCGUCCUUAAGCACUGGAUACUUCGAAGAGAUUAAUAACAUUAUCAACCAGUUGACGAUUGCUCAUAGCGUCGAGGAGAAAAAGUAAACGAUAUACGAACAUUAUUAAAAGUAUUAAGCAGUUGUCCAACACCUGUGGAUGUACAGCAAUAUUAUGUUUUUUCAUCUAUAAUAAUAUCACUACUAUAAACAAUACAAUACUACAUAGAUAUAUUUUACGGCUCUACCUAUUCUAGGAAUUGAAUACACAGCGCUCUCGCGGUAACUCGAAUUCCCGUAAAAUCCAACCACUUGCAAGCUCGAACGAUUUGCCUUCAUUGACUAUUUUAUAAAUCUACAAUGUAACUUCAACAAACGUUUAGUACAAUUUAAUGUUUGCUUACAAAUCUCACUUUUAUAUCAGAGGCUAUAAAAACACAAUAAUAUGCAAAUCUGAAGAGACAUUUACUCCAUUAAUACUACGUUCCUCUAUCAUAAUAUUAAAAUAAGCUAUCGACGUUAUACAUAGAGUUUCUACUACCUAAUCAUUGGGAAUAUUAAUAAAUCGUAUUAAUUUAGUAUCUCGAACGACGGUGUUGGUAGUUUAAUAAGUUUGAGUUAAAGCGAGUGCGCUGUAAUUAAAAAAUAUGAGUAUAAAGUGAUAUGAAUAUUAAAUAAUAUCCUUAUUAUAUCUAAAUAUGUACAUGCAUAUCUGUGUUGGAAAGAAAAAUUGUCUUACGUUGAUUAUUCAAGAGUCUUAAACAAAUGUUCUGGUUAUUUAAAUUUUGAACUUUAUUUCAUAUAUGUAUAAUAUUACCUAGAAACACAAUGCGUAUAGAGUUUAAAACUUUUCAUACCCAUAAAUAUUAGCAUUUACUGAAUUCCAACACAGAUAUUAUUUGUAAUAAAUAAGGCAACAAAAAAUCACGACAAAAUUGGAAUUCGUUUACAUAAAAAGUGAAGUUAAAAUUUUGAAAAUGGGCUGGAUAAAUUUUAAUUGUCACUAAAAUACUAACAAACUUCGAAUGAUAUAUUAAAAAGUGCAGUUAAAAUUAUAUAACGGCAUAAUUGUAAAUAAUAUUGUAAAGAUAUAAUAAUCAAUAAUUAUAUAGCUUAGCAAUGUCUAAAAUAAAUAAAGGGGACAUACAUCUAUUUUAAUUCAGCGACAUCUAUGUGUGUACCAUACCUUAAGUACUUCAUAGAAAUAUGUUAGACGUUUUCUUUGAAAAACUUUAACAAGAAUAUAGCCAUUUUACGGAUUCAAUUUAAUUGUGAUAAAAGUACUGUUUAUUUAUUAAUUAACUAGUAUUACAUUAUAUUAUUUGUGUGGAAGCAGUUGUUAUGAUUUUUAUGCCUAUAAAAAUAUACAUUUGUGCGAACAAUGUAUGUAUGUUGUUUAAUACUACAAAUAUUUAAUAAAGCAUAUAUAUAGUUAUAUUAAAAAUUAUUAUUGUCUAUGAGCAACUAUUCUGUUUUUAUUAUACGUAAAUAUUAUGUAACGAUUCUAAUACAAAUCUAAGCAGUAGGAUAUAGUUUUUUGUUUUCUCCGUUAUGUUAUUAUCUCGUUAUAUAGUAAUAGAGCUCAAGUAGCAGAACUAAACCACUGCGGUAACUGUUUUAUUACAAGUCGUAUAACUAGAUAUAUUUUCGGAACAGACAAAUCAAUCUUGAAUUUUUGGUCCCACAGGUUGAUAUCAGUUGCCCACGUGAUAAAGGAUUUCAAAAGAAUGGCAAUAAGCACAAAGCGGGUUACGCCGUUUAAGUAACAUAUGAUGAAAUAAACUUAUUAAUUUCCCGGGUUAUGCCAUUUGGAUCAACUAGAUUACUUUUGCACCGACAGAAUGGUCUUCAUUAGUGACAGUGCCAAAUUCUAUUCAUACUAAAUUCUAUUAAUGUCAUUAAUAUUCCCGUUAUUAUACUCUCGCAACAUCUUGCACAGAGUAUAAUAGAUUUGUUCAUAUAUCGGUUGUUUGUAACAUCUAAAACUAACAUAGUUAGAUAUAGUGUUAUAUAUACCAAAGUGAUUAGGGUGACGAGUAGAGUUGAAAUCCAGAUGUCUGUCUGUCCGUCCGUAUGUGCAAGCGAUAACUUGAGUGAAAAAUAAGACAUAAAUAUUGAUAAAACUUGGUACACAUGUUCUCUGGCACCUGGUUGGUAUUGCAGGUGGGCAAAAUCUGACCAUAGAUACAUUAUUUUCAAUUACAAACAGAAAGAAAAACAAGUAAGGAAGGGCUAAGUUCGGGUGCCACCGAACAUUUUAUACUCUCGCAAUUUAUUUAUUUAAAUUUAUUAAUAUAACAAACAAUUUGACUCUCAUAUUCGGCAUAUAUAUGGUAUAAAGUCCAUUGAAAGUUUUAAAACCCUAAUAUUAAGUAUAUGGGAGAUAGAUGAAGUUAUGACCCGAUUUCACUCAUUGUUGGGACGGAGACAUAUUAUUAGAAGAAACAUAUUCCCUCAAAAUUUCUUCAAAAUAUCUGAGAGACUUAACCAUAAUUUCGGUAAAAAAUUUGUUAGAAGUACUGAGGUCCUCAUAUUCGAUAUAUUGGGUCUUGAAAACUUAUGGA